AUGGCUGUGAGACAAAGAGCAGUGACCGCUUUACCAAAGCUGAUAGAAAGUCUGCGAAAGGAAUGCCCUAGGUCUUCACCGCUAAUCUCAACGCCUAAUCAAGCUAUGGUGUUGCCGUCUCUCAGGCGGGCAUUCUCUCUUUAUGAUCAGAUCAAUCUCAUUGACAAUGUCCCAGAAGACCAACUGCGGUUCCAGCGUUAUACGGAUACUGGGUUCACGGUGAAUGGGGUUCAUUAUGAAGGGAGCUUACUUUGCAUUGGCAACUUGCUUAUGUCAUGGACCCCCAAAUCAUUCUCCCAAAUCACUCCAGAGAGUUUAUCCAUCUUCAAGAUUCUACGCCCUGUACCAGAGAUUUUGAUUCUUGGAUGUGGAAGAUACAUUCAGCCUGUAGAUCCUGAACUCAGGCGCUUUGUCCGGUCCACAGGCAUGAAGCUGGAACCAGUUGAUUCGAGGAAUGCCUCUUCUACAUACAACAUACUGAAUGAGGAAGGAAGAAUGGUGGCCCUUGCACUUCUCCCAUACGGAGUUUCUUCGUGA